AUCAAUUAGAAAUGGAAAAAAAAAAAAGUAAAUAAUAGGCAGAGGUGAAGAAAGAGGGGGAAAAAUAGUUCCAAAAAUGGUGGCAAUAUCGCUCUACAGAGGAAACCUUCACAGAGUUCCUGACGUUCCUCGCCGAUGGCUUAUGCCGACCCCUCAAAUCUCCCUCAAAGAAUUCAGGCUCCUCUUGUCCCGUCGCUCCAAAGCCCUCUCUCGCCUCCAUUCCUCUACCACCACGGCCACCACCACCACCACCAACGCCACUGAUACCUCCUCUAACCCUAACCCUAACCCUAGCCCUGAUCCUAAUCCUAAUUUAGUUUCGGAUCAGCAAAAUGGAGCAUCGAAUGAGGCCCCUGAUGAUUCCCGUCCCGAUGCUCAAGUGAAUGUGGAGAAGGUUCCUGUUGAUUGGGGUGAAGGGCCGUCCGGUGAGAGCAAGGUUGAAGAAAAUCCGAAUCUCAAUGGGUCUUCGGGAAAACCCAUUGAUGGCACUGAUUCGCUGCCUGGUCCUAAAUCCAAUGAGCCCGAGGGAGGUUGUGAUCCGGCUGACGAUGGUGCGAAAUCGCAGGAAAUGCAGGAUCAGAAAGUGGAGGAAAUUGCCGAACCCAAUUCUGAGACUAAAAAGAACGAGGAUAUGCCGAGUGAUAAAAUUAAAAGGAAGAAGGAGGUUGAGGAGAAGCUGCAAGUUUUGAAUGACAAGAAACAUAAUCUUGUACAAGUACUCAAGCAGAUUUUAAAUGCAGAGGAAGAAUUGAAGAGACGAAUUAGCAUGCAAGGGACUCCUGCUCGUGCAGCUGCUCCUCUUCAAGUGGAUGUAAACAGUGAUUCUGUGUCGAUGACUAGGCAUGUUAUUUCGAGGACUGGCUCAGAGCCAAAUCAUAGUGGCGAAGCUGAAGGGGGAGAAACUGAUGCUUUUUCAAACCAUAAUUUUCCUUCUCGUCAGAUAUGCCGUAUGAACAGCACAUCACCAUCUUCUGAGUCUCCUAUUAGAAGGCCUCCAUUUGUUCAACAUAAUGUGGCGCCUCAUUCAACUCCUCGAACAAGUUUAGGGCCAACUGGUAGUCCAUCUCCAUCGCGUUUUACUCCCAUAGUAAACCAGGGUCCUCCUGCAAAUCUUCCUACACUAUCAGUGUCUGGUACCAAUUAUAUAGCAUCAUCCCCGUCUCCUGCAGCGUCUGGUGGUACUUCUGCCUUUAGAGAUUCUCGGUUGCCAAGUCCGUGGAAUUAGCAGAACUAUGCUUGUUUCAUCCUUGAAGGUCGGUUUUGUGAGGAUUACCGGAUAACAAGGUCAGGUGUGUAUAUCUGUAGGAGAUGAUACAUUAAUGAAGGUUCAUAUCACGCAGGGUAUGAUUCUGUAAAGUGAAGAAUUAUAACAACGUUAAGCUGCUUUGAAAAACAUGUCUUUAUUAUAUUUUUUAUUCUUAACCUUUAUAUACAUACUAGUAAAUAGUGCCGCUCAAUUGUUUAGAUAUAUAUUUUUUAAAUACAAGUCCCACUUAAUUCUCAUAA